AUGAACAGCCACGUGUAUGGAGACCCCAACGACCCUGUCAAAGUUGCAGUCGUGCAAGCCGAGCCUUGUUGGUUCGACGUUGAAGCUGCAACUGUCAAGACAUGCGAACUCAUAACCGAAGCGGGCGCGAACGGUGCGAAACUUGUAGCGUUUCCAGAGCUCUGGAUUCCCGGAUACCCCAACUUCAUCCAUGCGAAAGCAGCCAAGGAGACCAUGGAUUACAACCUCAAGUACUACCGCAACUCCAUCGAUGUCCGGUCCGAGCACAUGGAGCGCAUCCGUAUGGCUGCCAGGAAUGCCAGCAUCAUGGUUGUCGUGGGCAUAUCGGAGCGCGACAAAGGCAGUCUGUACAUGGCCCAGACCUUCAUAGGGCCAGAUGGAGACGUGCUUCUCCACAGAAGGAAGUUCAAGCCCACCGCUCAAGAGCGAAUUCUAUUUGGUGACGCAUCGGGUGACUGCACGUCGAAUGUAGUUCAGACGCCCAUCGGCCGGAUCGGUGGCCUUCAGUGCUUCGAGCAUCUGCAACCUCUUUUGAAAUACAAUACCUACUUUCAAGGAGAACAGAUUCAUGUUGCCUCAUGGCCGAAUCUCUUCCCUCCAGUCGGCAAAAUGCCCUUCUUCAAUACUGUCGAAUCGUGUAUGAUGGCUACCCACACCCUUGCCGUAGAAGGCGCAACAUUCGUUCUUCUCGCUUCAUCAACGCAGACAGAGAAAGGGCUUAUAGCCAACGGGCUUGUGGAUGAGAGUGAACAUGCCGGUCAAGGGGGAAAGCCCCACACGGCGGUCGUAGGCGGCGGGUUUUCCGAGAUCAUCGCUCCGGAUGGUCGCACGCUGGUGAAGGCGCCUAGCCCUACGUUUGAGGGUCUCCUCUAUGGAGAGCUCGAUUUUGACGAGAUCUACAUCGCAAAGAGUAUUGUCGACACGGUGGGGCAAUACUCACGCCCUGAUCUUUUCACUUUGCAGGUCAGGGGCAAACUCAGGCGGCAAUGUGAGUACGACGAAACAAGCAAUAUUGAUCAUGUAUCAAGGUUUCCCGAUCUCCCGAUAGGAUGA